AUGACGCCUCCAACGACCCCAAAUGGGUCACAAGAAGACCUCAUUGCUCUCUCGAAUGUGCAACGUCCCGUCUUCCACAACUUCCUGCGAGCCUUCUAUCCCUUUCAUCCCAAUUAUGCCAUGGGUGAUUCGACUGUCACUCUACCACUCAGCGAAGGUGACGUCGUCUUAGUGCAUUCAAUACACACCAAUGGGUGGGCAGAUGGCACUCUGCUGGUCUCCGGGGCCCGAGGAUGGCUGCCGACAAACUAUUGCGAGGCCUACGACCCGGACGAGAUGAGGAAUUUACUCAAGGCACUUCUGAACUUUUGGGACUUAUUGAGAAGUACUUCCACGAACGAUCGAGAUAUCUUUGGUAACCAGGAGUUCAUGAAGGGUAUCAUUGCUGGCGUUCGCUUUCUCUUGGAACGCACACAUUGCUUGACCAGGGAAUCCCCUACGAUUCAGCGCAAUGAAAGUCUUAGGCGUGGCCGUAAAUCCCUACUCUCUGAACUAUCGGCGCUUGUCAAGACGGCCAAGCGAUUACAGGAGACUCUGAGGGGCUUUCCUCGACGUGAAGAAGAUGUCAACGAUACAAUCGACGAGAUGAUACUGAAGGCCUUCAAGAUCAUUGUCAAGGGGGUGCGAUUUUUGGAUCUGUUGGAGGAGGAUAGACGACAAAGAGCACCGCCAGCCGUGACGGUCAUGGCAACGGUCGUGGAAGAGUCGUACAUCCCGCCAACGCCGCCAGCCGAGUCAAAUGGCGUUGAGCAGGGCCAGGGUGAUCGCGAAGAUGCAGGCAUCCGAGGCGCGGAAGAAGUGAGGCGUGCCGAAUCCGUCGCAUCUCACCAUAUAUCAGCCGACGGAGUACAAACGAGCACGGCAGCCAACAAGCGUUUGUCAUCCAUUUACUCGCGUACGAACACGACCGGUCACCCCACAUCUCAGCUCAGCCCCUCGCACGGCAAUCGACUAUCGGCCAGUAUAUCACACAGAGUGUCUCUCGCCGGCCCGUCGCCACUAUCCCACCCCCAAAACCUUGUUUCAGAGCGUCUCAACUCUAGUCAUGAUACCUUUUUGUCGUACCUGGGAUCAUUCAUCGGGCGGCUACACCUCCAGUCUCAAUCGCGCGCCGACUUGGCUUUGGCAAUCAAACAGUCGGCCACCUCAGGCGGAGAACUUUUUGCCGUGGUUGACACGGUUUGCAGGCAUAACUCAUUGGGCUCGGAAUCCUUGGAUCAGGCACGUGCUGCCAUGUACGACCGCAUUCGAGACCUGGUUUACUCGGCACGCGAUAUCUUGAGCAAUGUAGGACCUGACGCGGAUGAUGUCAUCAUGCCACAGGACAACAGCUGUCUCCUCAUGGCUGCAACUGGGUGUGUGAAGGCUGCUGGUGAAUGCGUCGCGAAAACGAAGUGGGUCAUCGAGCGGAUUGGUGAUUUCGAAUUUGAGAGCGAGAAUGGAAAUCUUGGCAUUGACCUGGCCCUCUUCGAGAAGGUGUCAGAAAGUCGACCGACAACCCCUGAACAGAAGAUCGUGACAGAUCCCAAACCUGCGGGACCAAGCCCAACACCGGUCAGCAAAUCAAUGCACCUCUCCAUGGACAAGCCUCUACCUGAAGUCCCUGGGGACGACGAAUUCCCAGAGCAACAGGACUCGGAACAACACUCACCACCCGCGUCACGACCUCAAUCACUUGUCAUUGAUGAUGCUACCUCCAGCAUGGCAUCCUCCGUAUCAUCCAUUCGACCAAUACUACCCCCGCUCCCCAAACUCACAACAUCUCUACUUCUGGACGACUCUUAUAGCCCUACUACGGAGGAUUCCCACGACAGCGAGUACCAGAACUCGUACCGUGCAGAUACGAUGACGGCAUCUAGUACCGGAACUAACAGCACAUACCUCAGCAGAGACUCGGAAUCGAGUCUCGUGUCUCAAACUUCCACUCGAGCCACUACACCAGACCAUGCAUUGGGACCCAAAUACCAGCCAUCUUUGUCGGAGCUUAGUGCGACGGGGAGCUCUGCUGGAACUGAGGAGGUGGAUGAUGUCGAGUCAAAGCUGCUUGAAAAGACUUUCGCGCACGAGUUGAUGUUCAACAAGGAAGGCCAGGUUACUGGAGGAUCGUUGCCGGCAUUGGUUGAACGCCUGACCACGCACGAAUCUACCCCUGACGCCGUGUUUGUGUCUGCUUUCUACCUCACGUUCAGAUUGUUCUGCACGCCAACCAAAUUGGCCGAGACACUCAUCGAUCGCUUCGAUUACGUUGGUGAAGCGCCUCACGUGGCCAAUCCCGUACGGUUGCGUGUAUACAACGUCAUGAAAGGGUGGCUAGAGUCCCACUGGCGCGAGUCUACUGACCAUGAGGCCAUUCCCAUCAUCCAGCAUUUUGCCGAAGUUAAACUGAGCUCGCUACUUCCCUCUGCAGGUAAAAGGCUAUUGGAGCUCGCGCAUCGAGUCUCGUCGUCAGAUGGGUCUCUGGUACCUCGGCUCGUCUCGUCCAUGGGCAAGACGAACACUUCUAUUUCUCAAUACGUCCCUGCUGACACUCCGCUCCCAAAUCCGAUUAUGUCCAAGAGCCAGCACCAUUUGCUUAGCAAUUGGAAAGCCGGAGGCAGCAUGCCUUCUGUCCUCGACUUUGAGCCCCUCGAGGUUGCGCGGCAAUUGACACUGAAGCAAAUGAUCAUAUUCUGCUCCAUUCUCCCUGAGGAGUUGCUCGGAUCUCAGUGGAUGAAGAAGGGAGGGGCGGACUCACCUAACGUGAAGGCCAUGUCUGGACUAUCGACUGAUUUGUCGAAUCUCGUUGCCGACACGAUUCUACAGUACCCCGAGGUUAAGAAGCGUGCCGCCGUGAUCAAGCAGUGGAUCAAGGUUGCAUACCAAUGCUUGGAACUGAACAACUACGACGGUCUCAUGGCCAUCAUCUGUAGCCUGAACAGCUCCAUCAUCAGCCGCCUCAGGAAGACAUGGGACAUCGUUAGCCCGAGGCGGAAGGAGAUGCUGAAGUCACUACAAGCCAUUGUCGAACCGUCCCAGAACAACAAGGUGCUCCGUGCGCGUCUGCAAGGCCACGUGCCACCAUGUCUGCCUUUCUUGGGCAUGUUCUUGACGGAUCUGACUUUCGUCGACAUUGGAAACCCCGCAACAAAACAGCUACCGGGGGCUAGCUCCGAGGAUCACGGCUUGACGGUGGUCAACUUUGAUAAGCACAGUCGUACAGCCAAAAUCAUUGGGGAGCUUCAGCGGUUCCAGAUUCGAUAUCGGCUUACCGAGGUUCCGGAACUUCAGGAGUGGAUGCAGGCUCAGAUAGUACGCCUCAAGGAGUCGGACCAAGGAAACGUACAAGUCAGCUACUACCGCAAGAGCUUGCUUCUCGAGCCUCGGGAACAAGCCCUGCGUACUGCGGUCGAACCUACCACGGUAAAUAACCACAACAACCAGAAGGCGGACUUGUUUGGUUGGAUGUCAAGGGAUCGAGGCCACGGCAAUACCGUCGUGCCCUUAUAG